UAUUUUGUUUUGCUUCACUCUUCGCAAUUAAUCUGACGAAUAUUUUGUAACCAACCAUACAGUUCUAAUAAGAUCAUGGAAUUAUUGUUGAGUAACUUUGGAGGUGUGACAAAAAAUUUGCUGAGGUUCAGCAAAAUCCAUGAAGUUCGAAUCGGAAAUAUACGUAGCUAUUGUUUAGCAACAAAUCAUGAAAACUCGACUACUGGGAAGUCGCCUGUCUCAUCCGAUACGGCAAAAGAACUUGCUAGCCAGGGUCAGAAAACACAACACAAGCGCACGCAGAACUCAUUGCAUAUAGCUGUGAUUGGUGUACCAAAUGCGGGGAAGAGUACAUUCAUUAACAAUUUAAUUAAUCAUCGGGUAUGUCCUACAUCCUCUAAAGUACACACAACACGAAAAUCCAGUAAAGCAAUAUAUACAACGGGGCAAACACAACUCGUCUUCUAUGACACACCAGGUUUAGUGACACCACGUGAAGUGAAACGACAUAAUUUAGAGCAAAAUUUCAAAAGCGCCUACAAACAUGCGAUACAACAUGCGGAUAUUAUCGCCUGUAUGCAUGAUGUAUCCAAUUCAUGGACGCGUAACGCUUUACAUUCCACUGUCAUCGAAACCUUGAUGGAAUACAAACAUUUACCAAGUUUUUUGAUUUUGAAUAAGAUUGAUGCGUUAAAAUCAAAACGUGUACUGCUUGAAUUGAUACGCGUUCUAACCAAUGCUACUAUUGGCACUACACAAUCGCUUUGGAAUAAAAUGCAGAAACGACAACAGUCCAAGCGAAUCGAAGAAUCACAUGUUAAAGCGAUAGAAAAUCCAGCGGAGAAGAAAGAUGUCAGUUGGAGUAACUUUCAGGAAGUUUUUCUAGUUUCAUCCAUUACUGGUAGUGGUCUAAAUGAUAUACAAGAUUAUCUCGUAAGAACCGCUAAAGAAAGAGCUUGGGAAUAUACAAAAGGCUCCUUUACUGAUGAGAAACCCGAGGUACUUAUUGUAGAGAGCGUACGCGCCAGGCUCUUAGAUUACUUACCACAAGAAAUACCAUACAAUUUGCAUAGUGCAAUUGAAUACUUCUCCGAAGAGAAUGGUACCAUUUAUGCGUCAGUAGAGGUGACUUGUCCCUCAUCCCGUAUUGAACGUUUAAUUUGUGGCGAAUCGAAUGGAAAAUUAAGACAAAUUACAGAGCGUGUAACAUCUGAUUUAGUAGAGACAUUUGGCAAACCAAUAUCCUUAACCAUUGCUACACGAAGUAAGAAAACUGAUUAAUAAUUUUGUUAAACUAGAGUAGUUUAAAAUUGGAUACCAAUUCAUCUACAUUUUUUUCAAUGUCCGGUCCAAUACCCAAAACCGUUGCCGUACCAGCUUCCAAUUGCGUGCGUCCUGCAUC